GGCUCUGCUGCCGUCAGCGGCCCCGGGAGGUGAUGGUUCCGAGGGGACACGGAGGUCAUCCUGCUCAGCCAUGAACACCUCUGCUCCCAGCAGCCAGCUGAGGCAGCCUGAGCCCCAGGAUGUGGCUGCCUUCACCCCCAUCACCAUCGUCAAGAGCGUGACGAAGAAGUCCGAUGCCCUGCCCAUGAUCUCAGUGAUCGUCCUCAUCUUCGUGCUCUUGGCUGUCUUCAUCAUCAUCGUGGUGCACUAUGGCCCGCACCUCCGCACGGUGCAGAUCACCCUGUACCACGAGCCCAUGCCGCAGGACAUGGACAACGGUGUGCACCUCACGGACUGGAGGGAGCUGGGCUCCCAGAAGCUGCCUGCCCAGCCCUGCCCAUGGGACCUGGCCGGUGUGAGCUGCCAGUGCUCCUGCAAGCACCACCUCACCUGCGGGAGUGUGGAACCCAAUGUCAUCGAGAUCACGUACCUGUGAUGGGUACCUGGGCAGGGCUGCAGGGACCGUGUCCUGUGGGGUGAGCAGUGAUUGGGAUGUUGGCUUAGCCUGAGACUCAGCGGUUCCUGCUCCCCAGGACUGUGUCUCUCCCCAGGCAGGCUCAGCCAGGG